AUUUUGCAAUUAAUUAUAGUCUUUGCCAUCCAUCCGUCAUUCUCAUUCCGUCAAAUAGAAAAGUUGUAUAAAAACGAUCAAGUUGUACACCGUCGUCCGAAUGUUAGUGAGUGUUACGAACGCGAUAUUUUGAGAUACAUCGCCGUGAUUGAAAACAUAGGCGAAGAGGUAAACUCAAAGAAUGGAGCCAACAAAACUUCGUCCCGAACUUCGAAACAAAUUGACAAGAUUUCUCCACCUGGGAAGAGAAGAGCCUAAGUAUUACCCUGGUUGCUGGACGUCUCAUGACUACUAUGAUGCGUCUAAGUUAAAAGCAAUAGAUUUUGCACUCGAAAAUGGGUCCAAUAAUACUGAGGUUGUGGAUAUCAUUCUUAAGGCACAUAAACAAGGUUGGUGUACUAGAUUUGAAACAAUUGCAUUUGCUUUGACUAAAUGCCUGAUCCAUGGUUCACCUGCUGUAAAGGAAGCAACUUAUAAAGCUGCAUCUGAAAUAUGUGUAAGUGCUGAACAGUUGAUGACAUUCAACAAUUUCACAUGGAUAUUAAAAACUGGUAAUGGUCGAGGUUGGUGCAAACAUGUUAGAGAGUGGUACAUGAAGAAAGAACCUAUGGAACUUGCAAAGGAAUUGACAAGAGUUAAGUCAAGGCAUGGUCGGUCACAUAAAACUCUGCUCCGUAAAUCUCAUGUGAAGAUUGCUGAAAAUGAUCAUGCACGCGGAGCAGUUAUAAAAUACGCGCUUUUUGGUUUAAAGCGGGCUAAACAACUGGUAGAUAAUGCUGAAGGAACAAAGGAAAUUUUCGAUUACAUUCAAAAAGUCGAAGACUUUCGCCGAUGUGAGGACCCAGUAGCAGCUGCAGCUAUUGUUGAGAAGAACUCAUUUACACUUGACCAUGUUCCCGGACAUCUGCUUACAUCACAGGAGGUCUGGAAUGCAGUUUUACCGCAACUUCCACUUGAAGAUGUGUUAUUAAAUAUCCAACGUAUCCAUAACAUGGGUUUCUUGGCUGCUGAUUCAACAACAACUGCUAUUGUUGUAUCUUUGUUGAGUGAUAAAAACAUCAUCAAGAAAUCAAAAGUUACUCCGCUUGCUGUUUAUAUUGCACUGGUCAAUUAUCAAAAGAAAUCAAAACCACUUAAAAGCCAGAAGGCUAAAGUAGCAAUGGAGAAGACUAGUCGUCGCCGCUUGCGACAGGUGUUCGACAGCGAGACCGGCGAGUGGCAGUGGACAGUCACAAAGAGACAUCCUAAAGAAGUCAAAACAUGGGGUAUUGAAAAGCAGCCCAACCAAUUGGUAAUUGAUGCAAUGCACAAACUUAUUGACCUCACAUGGCUUCUUACGCCGCCAACAAAUGUCCGCUACCUCAUCACCUUGGAUAUGAGACACCAUAUGUUUAAAGGUCGUCACUUCUGCAAAAACUUUACUGUACCAAGGAAAGGUAAAAAGACAGCGACUAAAACGUCUCCAGGCGGCGGAGGUGAUGCUGAUUCAGUUAAGGUGGGGAGUAAGAAGCGCUUGUCUGCUGAGUGCUUCUUCAACAGAUAUGUUACACCCGGACAUGCAGCAAUAAUUCUUGCUCUACAACUGCUGAAGCGAGAGAAGAAUGCCAAGUUGGCUGUGUUCACUGACGCCGGUAUUGAACUUGUCAAAAUUGAUCCCAAUUUCAGUACCAUCAAUGAGACAGAGUUUAUAUUGAGGAAAGCGAAUCUCGGAGUAGUGCAGUUGGAUGCGCCUAUAGAAUGGGCUCGCAAGAACAACAGGAAGUUUGACGUGUUCAUCAACAUGGUGGACCGCACCACACGCUACAUGGAGCUGGAUCUGAAGGAGCGAGGGGGUCGUGGUCCUGGCGGCAAGUAUGCUCUGCCCACUCCUGGCUCCGAACUGGUGGACCACUGCCCUGCGCGGGCGCUGCAGCGCUACCGCAAUCAAUACGUACGAGAUGCUAAAUUGAUCGUGAUGUCUCUCGCUUCGCACCGCGUAAUGACAACAGAUGGCACACACAGUGGCAUUCUCGAUAUUGUGGGCAUCGACGAGCAUGUUCCCAAAGUUAUGGAUGCAUUCGCACUAGGACAGUUUGAGUAAGAAACUUUUACUCAAAUAAGUGUUCCGAACAGUUCCAAUGAGUAAACGCGUCUGUAUUUUACGAAAUUACUUGAACUAGAUCACUUUGAGUUAAUGGUUCGAGUAAGUGGAUGAGUUUUACUCCUACAGUUCAAGUUAGUAGAUUGGUACUGUUCGAGGACACACUUAGCAUAUCUAUUCAAGCCUAUUCAUUAGCACCAUAUGUAGACAUAGAGUUAUUUAUCUGGCUUAUUGAUAUAUAUGUAUAUUAUAUG